AGGCUGGGGGAAGGGCGGUAGGAGGCGGAAGGUCGGGCGCGGGUGGACAGGCCUCAGCUAAGUCGAAGGCUGGUCACGUCGCGAGGGGUGCGGGGCACCGCCGUUUGGAAAGGGCGGCGGCAAGAGCAGCAGAAGAAUUGGGGUGAGGGCUGCCCUGCGCCCUUCGAUGUUCGUCAUGGCGGUUUGAAGAGGCGGUUGGUGUGGAGAGACCCUUCGGCCGCUCCCCUCUGUUCUCUCGCUUUCUCGGCUCAUGGUUCUGCCCCCUUGUCCCAUGGCUGACUUCGUGGUGCCGCGGCACAGCGCGGUAAUGGAGCGGCUCCGCCGGCGGAUCGAGCUAUGCCGGCGGCACCACAGCGCUUGUGAGUCCCGCUACCAGGCCGUGUCCCCGGAGCGCUUGGAGCUGGAGCGUCAGCAAACCUUCGCUCUUCAUCAGCGGUGCUUGCAGGCCAAGGCGAAGCGGGCCGGGAAGCACCGCCAGCCGCCGCCGGCAGCACCCCCUCCAGCUGCUCCUUCGCAACCGCCUGCCUCUGUUCCGGCCCCGGCCUCCGCGGGCUCCGCCGUUACCUCCACUUCUUCCGACAGGCCCGGAGCCAAUGGCCUGGACGCCGACACCGCGGGCGGUGAACAGCAGCAACAGCAUCCGGGCCGCAGCAGCGCCCUUAUCGCGCAGCUUCAUGAAACAGUGAAAAGGAAACUUGAUAGUUCUGUUUCCCCUCAGAAUGGUGACCAGCAGAAUGGCUAUGGGGAGAUGUUUUCUGUGCCCAAGAAAUUGCGUCAUGAUGAUGGUCUUGGUAGCUUGAGUGGCUCCUCCAAUGGACUUCCUCCUGUAUCUCCUCUGCACCAGUUGGACAGCAAAUCUUCCAGUGGAGAUGUUUUGCAGCUUAAUGGAAAACAUUCCAUGGGCCUAGAUGGCAUCAGCAAAAAGUGUCUGCGGGACUCUAAUGUACAACUGAAUGGAAGCAGUGAUGCUGAUGACUCUUUUAGUAUUGCUUUGAACAAGGAGCUCAAACAAGAACCAGAUGACCUUCCUUGUAUGAUUCCUGGAGCAGGAGGUUCUAUAUCUCAGAACAACUUGAUGUCUGAUCUUAACCUUAAUGAGCAAGAGUGGAAGGAGCUCAUUGAUGAACUUAAUAGGUCAGUCCCAGAUGAAGACAUGAAAGAUCUGUUUUCGGAGGACUUUGAGGAGAAGAAGGAUGCUGACUCUUCAAAUUCAGCUGCACAAACUCCAUUGCCACAAGACGUCAUUAUAAAGACCGAAUUUUCUCCAGCUGAUUUUGAGCAAGAGCAGAUGGGGUCUCCACAAGUCAGGUCUAGUUCCUCUGGCACAGCCUUCAUUGGGAACUCUUCUGUACCUGUUAGUGCUGCUUCUCCAGUGGUUAGUAAUUCUCAGAGUAUGUUUCAGCCAUCUAAUCAGUCAGUAACCGAAAAUACUAACCACCAGUCUAUGAUGCAGCCAUCAAACCAGUCUCAGAAUGUGCAGAGGCCUCUAUCUAAUUCUGUAUUACCUGGACAGAGUACAGGAAGUGCCAAAGACAUGUCAUCUGCUCAGCAACUUCAGCAGAUAGCUGCCAAGCAGAAGAGAGAUCAGUUGUUGCAGAACCAACAGCAAGUCCACCAACCCAGUCAGAUUUCCAGUUGGCAGCAAUCUGGACCUUCUCAUAGUCCAUUAGCUGUUUCAUAUAGUAUGGAAAAUCCUACUAGCCCUUCAGUUUACCAACAGGACUUCAGUAACCAGAAACUUAUGAUGCCUAAUAUGCCAAACAAGAGUUCUCCCAGGGCUGGAAACAGUUAUUCUGGAAAUAUUCUAAGCCAUCAGCCAAAUAGUUUAAACCAGAACUCUGUAUCUAGUCAAAGCUCUGUAUUGGACUAUGGGAACACAAAACCUCUUUCACAUUACAAAGAAUGUGUGCAGGGGGUUACAGUACCUGGACAAAACAAGACUCCCAUGUUGGCAUAUAUGCAGCAGCGUCAACAGGCUCCACUGCCUCAUAUGAAUGAUGAGCAGAAUGGGAUGUUUGUAAUGAAGCAGAAGUCUGGAAAUAUUGUCUACAGACCUCUAGUACCACAUAGCCAGGAUCAGAAUUCUUCAGCUAAUGUUCCUCGCAUUCCUGUUUCUGUUCCUGGCCCUGGUGUGAAUACACAGCCUCCCAAUGUUUCCAUGGCAGGUAACCAUGGCAGUACAGCCUAUCUCAACAGUCAGCAGCAAGCAGCUGUAAUGAAGCAGCACCAAAUGCUACUAGAUCAGCAGAAACAGAGAGAACAGCAGCAAAAGCAUUUAUUAAUGGAGCAACAGAAACAGUUUCUAAUGGGACAGAGACAACUUCUCGCUGAACAGGAAAAGCAAAGGCACCAUCGAGAGCAACAGCUCCAGAGGCAUCUGACUCGGCCACCACCUCAAUACCAAGACCAGACUCAGAAUCCUUACCCACAGCAGGUUGCACAGUUCACAGGCUCAUCACCAGCGAUGGCAGGGGUGAAUAAUUUAGGCCAGUCCAACUCCAGCAGUCCACGCAUGUUUUCUCAGACUCAGAACAUGAUUCAGAUUGCAACAGGGCACAGUGCUGUCACAUCAAGCUCCAGUCAGCAAGAUCAAGGUGUGAAUCAGUAUCCUGGCAUGCAGAACAUUCAGCGUACUGGUUUGUACAGCAUGACAUCUGGUAUGACACAGAUGGUUCAGCAGCAUGCAAAUUCGAGUGCCAGCGGACAGCCACAGAUGCCAAGACAAUCCAGCCUGGCCCAGGGCACUGCUCAUCCUGCUGGUUAUGGACAGGGCCCCUUAGGAAAUGCAGGCAUUUCUCAGCAACACAGUAAAGGAGCUCUGAAUCCUAGCUUAUCUAAGCCACAGAUGGCAAGAAUGCCAACAACUAUUGGGGCUCAAAAUCCAUCAUGGCAGCACCAGGGUAUGUCAAACAUGAACAACCAGGCACAAGGGAAUAAUGGCUUAGGGACAUUUACAGCAAGCUCUGCUUUCCUUAUGCAGCAGACUCACCUAAAGAUGACCAAUCAACAGUUUGCACAAGGGAUGCCUCAGGUAAGUCUCAGCACCAGCAGGCCAAUGGCCUCCAUGAACUCGGCUGUCUCUGGACAGAUGCUGCCAUCUAUGGGUGCCCAACAAAGGACAAACCCUCCUACCCAGCAGGGAGUACCAUCACAACAGAUUUUGCCAGGCAUGAGUCAGGCUGUCCCAGAUCUGACUGCAUUCAGCCAAAAUCAAAGUCAGCAACUGCCCAACAGAGCCAAUCUGCACUGUAGUCAAGGUUAUCCAGUGAGGACGACUGGUCAGGAUUUAUCUUUUGCCUACAGCAGCCAAUCUGGCAAUAAUGGAUUGCAGAGCUUAACUGGGGAUACAGAUCUCAUAGACUCUUUGUUGAAAAGCAGGACUUCAGAAGAGUGGAUGAAUGACUUGGAUGAAUUGUUAGGGACUCAUUAAAAUUAGAUUUGAGGGAUUUUCUGGAUCUUUUGAAUUGCAUAUUAUACUUGGACCAAAUACCUGUGGCAUUUAGAAGAUUCACAGGCACUAGUGGGAAUGUAUUAGAGCUGCUCCCUUCUGGGUCUAAGACAUGAGAAUUAAACACCAAUAUGAUAUCAAAGAGCAUAGUCAUUUUUGUAGUGUAUUUGGAACACUGCACAUGACAAAAGUCCGGGUCAGUUUGGUGUACAUUGAAUGAGACCUUCAAAAAUUUCAUUUUUAUAUUUUUGGUAUUAAAGAGUAAAUGCGAACCUGUGCUGUGGUGGUGCAGAAAGUAACCCAGUAAGGAGACUCCAAAUAUUCAGUGUUAAGGCAAUCUUUCCUGCAGUUAGCACGUCACAGCUUCUUUAUCCUAGCUUGGCCGGUUAGUUAUUGCAAUUAGCACCCUACCUAUUUUUUCUGAAGAGAGAAUGUUCAACAUUUCUUCCUUUGCAGGAUCCACUCUAGUUUGUUAGGGCAAUCUUGUAUUCACCAGUGAUAUGUAUUUCACAACAAGCAAUAUGGAAGAUGUCAAAAUAACAAUAACUACUAAUGAGUUUAUAUGUUGGAGAUUGUCAGCUGUUAACAUGGCCAGCAGUCAGUUUGUAUAAAUGUAAACUGGGGGUCCCAGUCUUAAUGGGCUUUAGCUAAGCAAUUUGCACUCUGCUGUGGAGGAAGACUGAGCUCUUGGUUUUUACAUUUUUUUAAAAAAAAGAGUCUGACUUAAAAUCUAGUAUGUGCACUUUUCUUAUCUUCUUUCCAGCAUUCAUUGUGUUUAAAUGAGUGUGUUGGGAUGACUUUUCCUCGUUGAUUCAGAGGGCAUUUAAAAUUAUAAUUUUUUGUUGCCACACACAUGCUGUACCAGUAAGCACAGGAUCUGUUAUUUUUGGUGAAGCGUGUGAAGGAAACUUUGUGCCUUGGAAGUUGUAAGUAACAAUAAAAACUUUGCAAUAAUGGCAUAGGGAAUUGGGGGGUGGGGGGAAUGAGAAGGCUUAAUACUUUAUUAAAGGUUGUCCCAUUGUAAAAGUCCUCCACACCCCCUUUGAAAAUGCUUGUUCUAUGGUUUGAUCUCUUUAGAAAUACAUAGACUAAUCUCCAGUGAAGUAGAUGCUGCUAUUUCAUCAUGGUCCGUGGAGACUCUUUAAUGGAUGUUUAGGGUCCAUUCCGUACAUGGCAAGGAAAAGAGAGUUGUCUUUAACAUGUUACCAAAAAUACUUCUGCUUGCCAACAAGCUACCCUUUGCCUUAACCUUUAGGUUCUAAAGGUAAUAAAUUUGAAAGUUGUUUUAGAUGCAAAGAUACCUCUCUGUUCCCUGAUCAGUUUUUAGUUUGAUUUUUUAAAACAAGAUUGUUUGCCUCCUAUUAUAAGGAUUCUUAAUUAUUUCCUAAUACUUUUAAUUAAUAAUCAAAGAAUUUCCUUCACAAAAGGCACAUCCAGGAGUAUAUUUAAGCAAGGCAAGUUUGGAGAUUUGAGAUCAGGGAGGAGAACAAGUAAAGGAAAACAGUUGAACCAUAGGAAGGAAAUAUUUUACCAUAUCUGCAGUGUUUUUCUGAAAUGUGCACUUUGGGAAAAAAAUCUGCUUUAACACUACUCUUUAUUUAAUCUUUUCCCAAUUUACAUAUGGACAUUAGUUUUGUUAUAUAUGCUUGCCACCCCUGAGUGAGUUAUGUAUGCUGUGCUAAACAGAUUUUUGUAUCAUAUCAUGAUGGACUGUUUAUGGGGAUAAAUGGUGAAAGUUGUGUGUUGAGUGGUUCCAUUGCUGAAUGUCCAAAAUUAAGCAAGUUACAUUGCUUGUAUGACUUUUAAAACAUUGUUUUCUAGGGGAUUGUUAAUUUAAUGAAUUAAACUUUGAUAUCACUGAUAUUGUUAGUAAAUUAGGUUAGGGUUACAUUUACUAAUCUUUUCUGCAAGUCAGCAGUUGAGCAAAAUUAUUUGUAAGCUUGGUUUUAUCAAAGAAAUGGUCUAAGAUGAAUGUCAUCAGGAAAAUCUCCUGUUGAUCUCUGUAGCUGCUCUUUUGCCCAGGGAGAAGGGGAGGUGAUACUACUUGUUUUGUAAAUAUUAGGAAAUUUUGCACCAGUGUGCCUUCCUUUCUUAUUGGAGGUGCUUGGGACCUCAUAUUUCUUAACUGUUGUCUAGGUUCUGCUGAUUUCCCUCUUAGGAACACUGAAAAAUGGCAGUGUUGAAGAAAUUUAUAUGCUUUAGAUUUGUAGUUAGAUUUGUCAACUGGAAUUUAAAGUUUUUAAAAUGCCACCUCUUAUGUUUCUAAUUCUACAGUCAGAUUUCUGUAGCAAAUUUAACAUUCUUGCAACAAAAUAAAGAUAAAAUAUUGAUGGGAUAUAUCUCCUCCCUAUCUUUAUUCUGGUUACAUAGGGUUUGUCAGCUGUUACCACAUGCUGUUUAACUUUUGUUCAAAUGUAGUCUUAAACAAACGAAUCUAGAAUAUUCUUGGAGCGGCAUAUGUUAAAUAUCGAUUUCAAAAAGGAUUUACAAACUUUUAAAUUACAGCACACAGUGGCAAUUUGGUAUCUGUCCCAAGCAAAGUUAUCUAAUUUUUUAAAAGGUGGCUUUGGUGGAAUAAUAUUCAGGUGCUGUUCAGUGAUCAUUAAGUUUGGGGGCUCAGGUCUGAGCCACUGCCCUUCAGUUAUUUGUAGCAGUUCAUAAAAGAUUAUAUGCACUUGGGUUUCCAUUUGCUGCAGCUUCAGAGCAAUAAGAUGUGGCUCCUCUGAGCUUUACCUAGCCAACUGCCUCGACUUUAUUUAUAGACUGUGGUUAUGGACAGGUGAAAGGGGGUGAGAAUGUCACUGUUCAACAUCCACUGCCUUCCAAAACCCCACUACUCAAUUGAAAAGGGUGCUUGAUUUUCUAUUCUACACAUUUUCUUUGUGUAAAUAAAUGUUUACAAUUUUAUAUUAAAGACUGAAUAAGAGUUAGAUCAUCUGAGUGUAUAUUUUUUACUUUUUUAUAGAUUUUAAAACUAUAAUUCUGUGUGUGUGUGUGUGUGUGUGUGUGUGUGUUGGGGUGAUUAAUGUAAUUUUUUCUUUUGUUUAAAUGGUUCAGUUCAAAUUUGAUGCUAACUUCUUGUCAUUGAAAUGUAUAAAGAGCCCAUUAAUCCCCUUUUUCUUUAACUGCAAUUACUAUGGCACACCAAAAAGAAAUCUUUCACUUCUUUUUUGUCAUUAUAAAAAAUAAAUAUUUUGCUAGUGUAUUAAACAAAUGGUUGUGGAUUUUUGAGCUGAACAAAAAGGUCUGCAUUAUCUUUGCUGUGCAACUAAUUAUUUAAAUUCUGUUCCUACUUUUGUGAUAGAAAGCAAACUUUUCUCCCUGUCGUUCUCAGCCUGACCUCAAUAGUGACAGGAAGACCUGAUAUAUUACAGAAGGACAAGAGCAGACAAUUGGUUUGAAACUAAGCUUGCUUUUUUUAAAUAUUCCAAUAGAUACUGGAUUAGACUUUGGCUAAUGCUUCACAUUUAACAUAAUAUUGCAGGAGAAACUUUAACAUAUUUGUUGGUAUUAUAGUUUAAUUCUGAAAUAGUCUUGGUCAUUAUAAACUCUGAGCAUUCUUGAUACGGAAGUGGGAAGGGGGACGGUCUUAAUUUUCUCAAUGCAGUUUUAAUAAAUCUAAUCACAGAAGGGGAGAGAAUGUCAUUGGGUGACUUUUUAAAGUUUGUAUUA